AAAAAGCACACUGAAAAAAGUCAAUGUCAAGUCCAAAUGAUAUAACCAACACAACUUAACCUAACUCGCACAAAGAAAAUGUACCCGAAAAGAUAGUGGAAACAAUUUAAAUUCAACAUGUUAUCAAAGUUAAUUACACGAAAUUAUAUCAGAUAUACAAGAAUUUUCGAAAGUAAACUUCAAAAUAGUUUAUCGGCAUUCAAUUCCAGCUAUACAAAUCCCACAUUUAAGGAAACACCAUCUGAUAAUAAAUCGUUAACUGCAAAAUUAGUCAACAAUUCACCAAAAAAAGUUCAGCCAUAUUUAAAACUAGUGAGGUUUGAUAGACCUAUAGGCACGUUGUUAUUAUUUUGGCCAUGCAGUUGGAGUAUUGCUUCAGCAGCAGUUCCAGGUUCUAUACCAGACCUGUCCAUGUUAUCAUUAUUCGCAACAGGAGCAUUAGUUAUGAGAGGAGCUGGUUGCACAAUAAAUGAUAUGUGGGAUAAAGAUAUUGAUGGAAAAGUCGCAAGAACCAAAGAGAGGCCUUUAGUGAAUGGUGAUAUAUCUAUGAAGCAAGCAUUUGUGUUUCUUGCUGGACAACUAAGUGUAGGUUUAGCUAUUUUAUUACAAUUAAAUUGGCCUAGUGUAUUUCUCGGUGCUAGUUCAUUAGCUUUAGUAGUUACUUAUCCUCUUAUGAAAAGAGUUACAUAUUGGCCACAGUUAGUUUUAGGAUUGACUUUUAACUGGGGUGCUCUGCUAGGUUACAGUGCAAUACAUGGAUAUGUUGACGUACCAAUAUGUGUACCUUUAUACUUAGCUGGUGUGUGCUGGACUAUUAUUUAUGAUACUAUUUACGCCCAUCAAGAUAAAUCAGACGACUUACGAUUAGGGAUUAAAUCCACUGCACUUAAAUUUAAUGAUUAUACCAAAAUAUGGUUGAGUGGAUUUGCUUCAACAAUGAUAGGAAGUCUCAUACUAUCUGGAAUUAUGAAUUCGCAAACUUGGCCAUAUUACACUGCUGUGAGCUUAGUAUCUUUACACAUUGCAAAUCAAAUCAUUUCAUUAAAAGUUAAUGAUGCUAGCGACUGCUCUAGAAAAUUUCUUUCUAAUUCUACUGUAGGUUUUAUUAUAUUUUGUGGCAUUACUUUGGGGAUAUUAUUGAAGAAAGAAAAACCUAAAGAAAAUAAGGAAAAGAAAUAUCUGUUACCAUUAAAUUUACAAUGAGUGUGAAAACAAUGUUUUAUUUAUUUUUUUUAUUAUUUUAUUUUAAUUCAUCUAAUAUUUCCAAGUCAAAAUAAUGUGUCAUUGAAGAAAAUUAAAAAAUAAUAAUUGUUUUAAUGAAAUAAAUAAUAAAUUAUUGUCCAUGUUUCAUUAAAAACUGAUUUAUUAGUAGAGAUAAGGAAAAUGAAAAUUUAUUGUAUUUCUUUCUUGCCAUAUGUUUUAGGAUAGCUGAAGUUACCCAAAUAAAGAAACUGCUUAGUAUGCAUCUUA